UACCAGAACCAUUGCCUACCUAAGAUAGAGAAUGGGGGAGAAAGAGGCAAUGCUAGUGGUGUGUGCUAAUGAUGUAGGGUUGGUGUACGAUAUCAACACAUGCGAGAAGAUUAUGUACAUACACGACUGCGUUGCUCCUCCAUGUGGCCUCGCUUUUGUUGAUGGAUUUCUCCUCGCUGCAUCUCGGACAGACAAGGAUCAACCAAUCUUUGGAAGUGCUAUAUAUUUCUGGGCUCCAAGUAAGAUCAAGGAAGUGCAAAAAAGUUAUGUAGCUGAAGCCAUUGGGCCCAUUGCUUGCUCAAAAGAUGGGGUGUAUUUGGUUGGUGGUGCUAGUUCUGGACAUACUUAUAUUUGGGAGAUAGCAAGUGGAGCAUUAUUGAAAAGAUGGUGCGGACAUAAAAAUGCUAUAAGUUGUUUAGCCUUCUCUCAAGAUAGUUCGUUUCUCAUCUCUGGAUCUAUAGAAGGGAUGGUUUAUACUUGGUCAAUGGUCAGUUUAUUUCAAGCAGAGGAACCUCGACCCAUUGAAGGUACAGAGAUAUAUCCCAACUUUUAUAAUGUAAAGAAAAAUGAGCACAAGGCGUCAAUAACUGGCAUUUUAACAAUGCUAAGGGGUCAAUGUCCCAUUCUAAUAACGAGCUCACUCGAUGGCAAUUGCAAGGUUACGGAUCUAUUGUCUGGGUUACUACUUCACACCAUUUCACUCUCCAGUUCAGUUACUACAAUCGCAGUUGAUCCUUUGGAACAAUUUCUACUUUGUGGGGCUGGUGAUACUUGUAUAUAUGUCACUGUGUUGAAUGGAAUUGGGACAAAAAAAUCCAGUUUAACAUGUUUUGAGGAUAAUUGUCAAAUUCUUUCAGGACACAACGCUCCAAUUACUGCAUUAGCAUUUUGUUCUAAAGGAGUAAGGUUGGUUUCUGCAUCAAAGGAUUGCACUAUCCUUGUUUGGGACACAAGAGCAUGGCAAGUUAUUAAUAAAAUAGAAAACAAAAUAGGUGGGCAUAUAACAAAUUUGCUAGUCUUUCCAAAGCGAGCGAUCUCAACUGUUCAUCAAGAAAGAAAUUUCCGUCCCAUCAAGUUCCCUAAAUUAGAGAAGAUAUGCAAACCAACAAAUGAAACAAUGGCAUUUUUGGUGCCAUCUCAAUUCUCCAAAGAUGUCAAUUCUAGCAUAGUAUCUUUCAAUAGUUCCAACCUUCUGGCUGAGCAACUCUUGGAUUUAGAGGAAAAGAGAACCCUUGAAGCAGUAGAGAUGAUUAUUGGAGUGAACAUUCAAGACCGGGUGAAGAACCAAACCAUGGCAAAGGAAUUGACUAAUAUGAAUAUGCUACUGCAGGGACAAGUAUUUGAUGUGAUGGAUGUUGGUGCAGAUGAGGAUUAAGUCAUUGAUUUGUUGUUUCAUCCAGUAUGUGCAAUGAACAUAAUAAAAUGAUUGAACAUAUAUCACAGUAGAAAGUGACAUAAUCCAAGUAUCAGAAAGUGCAAUCUUGAAAAUCAUAUUUAUCUGAAAUGAGAAUGCCUAUUUUAUUUGGUAUUGUUGUCCUGUUAAUUUAUCUUUGAGAUAAUUCGUUGUAUGCUGCCUAUUAUUUUAUUAUUCUAUUACUUAUAUACAACUUCUAAGUUUAGCUCGAUAUCAUGUAUGCCAAUAUGUUUGGCUCUUCAUUCCAUGCAUACCUUUUUGUUCCUAUAUCAUUGGUUGUUCUAGAAUGACCAUA